GUUGCAUGCACACACACCACGCUGCUGUUCUCGCGCGCGUGUUUAAUGUUAGAAACCGCGCAUAUUUCGGUGCACACAUGAAUCAGUCGUCAUGCAUAGAGGUUUAUAGGGUAAAAGUGUGUUUGGGUUGAAGUUCGCGUGUUCUGGUGUGUGUUUUCGGGGCUUAAGUUAUUGUGGGCAGUGCGGCCAUGCUUGUGGCUCGUGCAUUUGGCGUCGUCUGUUUCUCAAUGCAACUAAAUGUUAAACGUCUCCGGACUGCCAUUGCUCACGAGUGUCUCCGAUAUGAGGUUGAAAUAGGCGUAACGCGCGAGAAAUCUCGCCGUGCGCGCGGUGUGAGAGAGAUCAGAUGAUAUUUGGACUCUGCGUCGCUGCUGCCGCAUGGACGGAGGAAGCGCGAGAGCGAGGCGCAUUGUUGUAAUGGCGGACCGUGUCAGCUGUGAACACGAUGUUUUUUAUUUAGGCCAGCGACUAUGUUGGUUAACUCGCUUGAUAUUUUAGUUUCGGCCCACUGUGAAUUAAAUGUGAGGCAUUUAGAGCUUAGCAAACAUUCCCCUCACGCCAGAGACGGCGCGGGACCAGGAACGGCGUAUUCGGCGGGAAAUCGCCAACAGUAAUGAGCGCCGGCGCAUGCAGAGCAUCAACGCUGGCUUCCAGUCCCUGAAAACACUCAUCCCGCAUAGUGACGGAGAAAAGCUAAGCAAGGCUGCCAUCUUACAGCAGACGGCUGAAUACAUCUUCUCUCUGGAGCAGGAGAAGACACGGCUGCUGCAACAAAACACCCAACUCAAACGCUACAUACAGAAGGAGUUCAGCGGCUCGUCUCCGAAGAGGAGGCGCGCCGAGGAGAAAGAUGAAGGAAUCGGAUCCCCAGACAUUCUGGAGGAGGAGAAGGUGGAGGAUCUGCGGAGGGAGAUGAUCGAACUCCGACAACAGCUGGAUAAAGAGCGCUCCGUUCGCAUGAUGCUGGAAGAACAGAUCCGUUCGUUGGAUGCCCACUUGUACCCUGAGAAGCUAAAGGUGAUCGCGCAGCAGGUCCAGGAACAGCAUGUGCAGUCGCAAACUCUGCUCCGCCUUCAACAGCAGCAGGAACAGCUGGGAAAAGAGACCAGCACCCCUGCGCGCAGCCCGCUGGUGUUUUCUCCUGCCACGCCGCCUGCACCCACUCAUCACGCCACAGUAAUUGUACCCGCCCCUGCGCCGCCCCCCCCUCCCCAUCAUGUCACCGUGGUUACCAUGGGCCCCGCCUCCGUGAUCAACACAGCAUCCACAUCACGACAGAACUUGGACACCAUUGUGCAGACACUAAGGAACGGCACCCGAAUCCAUUUAAAAGCUAUCCAGCACAUCGAAGGCACACAGGACAGGAUGGUCGUGCCCGAGGAGGAAAAGCGCCGGGCGGUCAUCGUCACCCCGGGCCGCGUCCUCACAGACACCGGAGACUCCGACACCGCCUCUGACAACGAAGGAUCUGAGGACUGUUAACUGCCCCGGUCACCCCCAUCCCCAUAUCCGCCCCACAUGUAACCGGGGGGCACGGCGAGGGGUUAGGGGGUCUGUGGAAGGGCCUCCGCAGAAAUACUCUUUCUUUCUCUCUCCUCUCUUCCUGUCGCUGUCUUUACACUCGCAUACGGGACUCACAAAAACUCAAUGACUUGGAGGUUUUUUGGGGGUG